UACAGAGGUUAUAAAUUGUUGCGCAUAUUUUAAGGCACAUAUUAGUUAAAUGUUUCGCAAACUUAACGCUGUGAAGUCGAUCUUCGGUGCUGUGUACUCAUCCACUGAAGCAUCUGCAACAUCAAAUGUUUCACACAGAGUGCGGCAAUUUAGAGAGCUGUUAAACAAAACAGAUAACAAUGACAUACUUACAGAUUCAUUUGGAAGACGUCAUACGUAUUUACGUAUUUCUAUUACCGAACGUUGUAAUCUAAGAUGCUUAUACUGUAUGCCAGCAGAAGGAGUUAAGUUGACGAAAAACGAUGGCAUUUUAAGGGCAGACGAAAUAAUUAAAAUAGCUGAAUUGUUUGUAAAUGAAGGUGUAACUAAGAUACGUUUGACUGGCGGUGAACCAACUGUUAGAAAAGAAAUUGUGGAUAUUAUUGCUGGCUUGAAACAACUGUCUAAUCUAAAACAAGUUGCAAUUACUACUAACGGAUUGACAUUAACACGCCAAUUGCCAUUACUUCAACGUGCUGGGCUAGAUGCAAUAAAUAUUUCAUUAGAUACUCUAAGAGAAAACCGUUUUGAACAGUUUACUCGUCGAAAAGGAUGGUCCAGGGUCAUGGCUGCAAUUGAUCUUGCUGUUCAAUUGGGUUAUAAUCCGGUAAAGAUCAAUUGUGUGGUAAUGAAAAACUUUAAUGACGAUGAGAUCAUUGAUUUUGUUAAUUUAACAAGAGAUCGUCCAAUUGAUGUACGUUUUAUUGAGUACAUGCCUUUCCAAGGCAACAAGUGGAAUGAGAAUAAAAUGGUCUCUUUCAAGAUUAUGAAGGAACUUAUUAGAGAUACGUAUCCUGAUUUGCAACGUCUCCCAAAUAAGUACAAUGAUACGUCUAAGGCAUAUUUUAUACCUGGAUUCACAGGACAAGUUGGAUUCAUUACGUCAAUGAGUGAUCAUUUUUGUAGCUCAUGCAAUCGACUGAGAAUAACAGCGGAUGGACAUUUAAAAGUUUGUUUGUUUGAAGGUAAAGGCGAGGUAUCUCUUCGAGACGCGUUACGUAGUGGUGCGUCGACUGAUACUUUAAGACAAAUGAUCAGGGAAGCAGUGUGGCUUAAAAAGAAGCAACACGCAGUUACAAAGAAAUAUGUGCAUCUUAGAACGUAUAAAAAUUUACGAAAUAAUGUACCACAACAGUAUUUAAUGGAUCACGCGAGACCACAGUUCACAAUUGAUGCAAGUAUAAGAGCAUUUUCGUCACUCUCACACGUGGAUCAAAGUGGCAAAGCGAGCAUGGUAGACGUAGGUUCAAAAAACGAAACUAAGCGCGUCGCAAUAGCAAGAGGAAUUGUACAAGUUAAUUCAGUAAUAAGUAAAUUGAUAGCUGAAAAUAAUGUGAAGAAAGGCGAUGUACUGUCCGUAGCACAAUUAGCGGGUAUCAUGGCAGCAAAACGUACUUCUGAUUUAAUACCUUUGUGUCAUCCACUUUCGUUAUCUUACGCGAAUGUACUUUUGCGUUUAAACGAAAAACUGCAUCGUAUAGAGAUCACAGCGGAAGUUAGGUGUACCGGUAAAACCGGUGUUGAAAUGGAAGCUCUUACAGCUGUGAGUGUUGCAGCUUUAACAAUUUACGAUAUGUGUAAAUACGCGGCCUCGCCGAAAUCAAUGAAAAUAACCGAUAUCGAAUUAGUUUCAAAAACUGGUGGUACAAAAGGUGAUUUUUUAAGGGAUUAAAUUUUUAUAGUUUAUCUUUGAAUAUAGUGUACGACAUAAUAUGUUUAUAUAACAUAUAAAAGAGUUGUAUAAUUUUAUUCUGUUCAGUAGUAUGACAUUACUGAAUUAUAUUGAAUGUUUUUAUACCGUAUCGACGAAGGUGUAAUCGCCAUGAUAUGACGAAUCUUAUCAUGUUUUGUAUCGUAGAGGAAUUUAUACUAGCACAUAAGUGUGUGUACCUGUAACUGUAAAAAGUAGGGAAAUUCAAACUACAUUGUAUUAUCGUGCAAUAUUUACAAUUUCUUUUAUUGGACGAAUUUAUAGUUUAUUUUUAUACAUGUAUACAAUUAUCACUGACAUUCUUAUAACAUUUAUAGACAUAUAUAUUUCUGUUAAACUGGAUUAAACUGAUUGUUGAAU